GGAAGCUAAUUCCUGUAAUUAAUCACAUGCAUGUCUUCAGCUGGUGGAACAACUCAAACAAUAACUUAGAAACAGAAAGUAUCCACCCAUUUCUCAGUAUAUGGCAUUGCUCAGCGUGUGAUUCCAUCAGACACAAUGGCACACGGCGCAAUGCUGCUGCUGCUGAGCUUGGCUCUCGCUCUGGGACCAGCCGUAGGUUUCUAUGGGGGUUCCAUGACGUUCACACCUGUAAACAGAUUUCCAGAUGGAUCAGUGGAGAUGCACUUUUACUACAGAGAGUCCAGUAGGGGUCCCUGUGGUUCUCAGGUUGACUGGAUCUGUGAGAGUGGAUCGUGUGGCAUCCUCACUAGCACCGAACCUGUGGUGACAGACAGCACAGCUCAAAAUCUGUGGUGCCAAUCAGAGGUUCACAUUGCCAGCAAUGUCACUAGUAAUGGUCCAUUCAUUCUGAGCUCCUCUGGUUGCUGCUGGGAGGAUAAUGUUCAUGGUGUCGGUGGAUGGACGCUUCGCACUCAUGUUGACACUGGCCGUCGAUCUGACACUCAGUCUCCAAACAGAUCCCCUGUUUCAGCAGCAAUUCCAAACAUAAGGAUUCCUCAGAACUGCUUCCAGAACAUUCAUUUGCUGGCACAUGAUCCAGAUAACGAUGUUGUGAGAUGCAGGUUUAAUGACGCCAACUGCACAGUGUGCCAUCAACAUCCAAACAUACAUCUUUAUCAGGAAUCAUGCACUUUGCACAGAGAAGAUUCUCUGGAUGUGGGUGUGCAUGUGUUUGAGCUCUUGCUGGAGGAUUAUCCCGUUUCAAACAUAACUCUGACUGACGAAAACGGGGUCUUCUCAGUCAGUAAUGCAUUCAAUGACAGCAGUAACCCAACCGCUCUCAGUCAAGUGCCUCUGCAGUUUGCAGUUGAAAUUCUUCCACCAUCUCAGGGUUGUGUACCAGGCGUGAACAAACCAAGUUUCUUGACACCAACUCCUUUACAUGGAGAUGUGCAUCAUGCCGCUGUGGGAGAGGUGCAUGAGAUCACCCUGCGAGCACAGAUCUCAGACAACAGCAUCUUUGAUUUCCAGGUCAGUGGCCCCUCUAAUAUGUCUAAGACCCUGACAAGUGAGAGUAAUGGAGUUUUGGAGGCAACACUGACUUGGACUCCACAGAAGACGGAUUUGUACCGUCGUGUACCUGUGUGUUUCGCAGCAGAGACGCUUCACAGUCAGUCAGAAAUGAGGUGCAUCAUCGUGGCUGUGGCAAAAGCAAGGGUUCUUUCAGGUGAAGCAAAGGUUAUCUGUGACGAUAACAGUAUCAGCAUUGUAGUCAGUAAAGCCUCCAUGGAUGGAAUUGACCAGAACUGGCUCCAACUGCGAGACCCCACCUGCUCCCUUACCUCCAAUGACACCCACAUCCUGGGCACGAUGUCCCUCAACACCUGUGGCACUACGAUGGAUGACUCUGGAGAUUUCAUCGUCUUCAAAAACGAGAUCAACUCCUUUGAGAACCUGAAUGCUGUCAUCACCAGACGCAAUCAAGUUAAAUUCGGCUUCUCCUGCCAGUAUCCCAAAAUGGCCAGUGUCUCCAACCGCUACGUUAACCAUAAAUCUGACUACAUCUUCACUGAAUCCAGUUUCGGCACGUUUGGUUACUCGUUUGAAGUUUUCACCGACAACAGCUUCAACAGUCAGGUAGAUCCCAGCCUGUAUCCGGUGCAGGUUCAGCUGAUGGACCAGAUCUACAUGGGCAUUGAAGCUCAUACUGCUCUACCAGAGGUCACUCUCUUCGUUGAGUCCUGCAGAGCCACUCCAGAAGACAAUCCAUUCAGUGCCGUCUUUUAUGACAUCAUCAAAGAUGGGUGA